AAACGUCAGUCAUCCUCUCCACUGCCGCCUCACAUUCUUCUCUGGAUAGUUCCCCACCACUGCCUCACAAUCUCCUCUGUUCCCCAUUCUCUCCACCACAGCCAGCGCUCCCUAGUCAGGCCGCCCCUCCCCUUCGUCGCCACCGCCGGCGCUCCUUGGUCAGGCUGCCCUCCCCUUAGUCACCAGUGUCGCCGCUCCCUGGCAGGCCGCCCCUCCCCUUCAAAUCAGAUCGCAGAAGUGGCCGAGGAGGUCCUCCAGAUCGGCAUGCUCGCGCCAGUGCUAGGCGCCGUUGGAUGCGGACGCGGAGGCUUGGGACUUGCACGCCCUACUCUACCCUACUCCUUCCAAUCCGGCCCCGAAGUGCUCGAGGAGGCGCUCGAGGUCGGCAUGCUCACCGGCGAUGCUGGGUCCCUCCAUCCUCCUGGUUCCCUCGCUGUCGCCAACAUGAGCCUCUCCACCCUCUCCCGCGCGAUCGUCCAGGUCCAGACUUCCCGAAGGAGAAGAAGGAGGUGCGGAAAGAGGAUGGGAGCAACAAAUCUGAACCAAAGAUGGAAUCAAUUUUUUUCGCCCCACAGCAGAAGUUGGAAGAGAUUGGGAGGGCUUUUAGGUGAGGUCAGUAAAAUGCUCAUUUGCCAAGGCUUCAUGGCACGGCUUCAGGUUUAGACAGACAACAUGAUCAAUGAAAGCAAUCGAUGGAUCACACUGUGAACAAGUUGGCAAAUGAGCCUGUAUCUGCAGAGCAGUUCGUCAGCGCUGAAGUCAGCAUGCAAGCAGUGCAGUGAUGCCGCAGGACAGUCUUGGCGGCGGCGGCAGCGAGGUGUAAUUGCCUUAUGAACUUGAGAUCAGUUUUAUAUUGAAGAGCAUGCACCUGUGUUGGCGAAGAGCUCGUCAGCGCGGCCGUGGAUGGGCUCCUCGGCGACUGCACCUGUGUUGGCAAAGAGCUCAUCAUCGGGUGACCCGGCGGUUGCACUUGUGAUGGCGAAGAGCUCAUCGUCGCGUCCGUGGACGGGCGCCUCGACGGCUGCACCUGUGUUGGUGAAGAGCUUGUUGUCGUGGCUGCCGGCGGGUGACUCGGUGGUUGCACUUGUGCUGGCGAAGUGCUCGUCGUCGGGUGCCUCAGCGUAUGCGCUGGGAAGUGAUGGCGCAUCUGGAUUGAUUCCCCCUAAUUUAGCAGAUGUCUUUCCGUUAGUCGAGCAAAUUCCAUGCGAAUUGGACGUGAUGUUUCCUUGUGCGGGCGUGGGAACGGCAGAGUUUUGGUCCGCCGGGAAAAAAUGGUAAACGCACUCUGGACGUGGGUUUGUGUAAUCUCGACGGUUAGAUCAAAUUAAGUUGUCUGAUCGUCUGGCUAUAAUUUCUCCCUGUUGUUUGUGUACCUUAGGCUGGGUGCACGUAGCGAUGAAUAUGUUUGCUUGUUUAUUAGUAGUAGAGAAGUAGAGAAGGGAUAGAGAUAGAGAUAGAAAUAGAGAAGAGAAGAGAAGUAGAGAUAGAGAUAGAGAAGAGAUAUGCCUUGGACUGAAUCAGAAGUAUAGAUUACUAGUAGGAAGGAUGUACUACUGCAAUGCAAGCAAUCUUGGAUAUGGUUAA